AUGCCGCGCGCGUCGCCGCGCGCGCGCUCGUCCGAUGUCGCUCUGCGUGACGAUACAUCGACGGACGCGCGCGCGGGCGCGAACGUCGGCGAACGCGCGACGUCGAGCGCGUCUUUCGGUGAUUUACAACUCGACGAGCGACUCACGCGCGCGCUUCGCGCGGCUGGAUUCGACGCGCCGUCGCCCGUGCAGCUCGCGUGCGUGCCGCUCGGACGGUUUGGAUGCGACGUCAUCGCGCAGGCGAAGUCUGGGACCGGAAAGACGAUGACGUUCGUCGUCAUCGCGCUCGAACGCGUGGAUGCGGGACGACGGCGAACGCAAGCGCUGGCGCUGGCGCCGACGAGGGAGUGCGCGGUGCAAACGCACGAAUGUUUCGUGGAGAUGAUUGAGAAAUUUAAAGACAUGGAUGGGGACGCGCGAGGUGGGAUAGAGACGUGUUUGCUCGUCGGGGGAUUGCCGGUGAAGGAGGACCGAGCGCGGCUGGCGAGUCAGCCGCACGUCGUCGUGGGGACGCCGGGACGGACGAGGCAGAUGUUAGAAGAGGGUUCGAUGGCGUGUGAUGGAGCACGGUUGUUGAUAUUAGAUGAAGCAGACGCGUUAUUGAGUGGGACGUUCGAGCGAGACGUGCUGUUCGCGUACAGCAUGUUGCCGGAGCGUAAGCAAGUGUGCGCGUUUAGCGCGACGUACUCAAAGACGUUGCUGGGUGAUUUAGAGCGAUUAAUGCGAGCUCCACAAAAAGUGAUGCUGUGCGAGAGCACGACAGCUUUACAGGGAGUUCGCCAGUUUUACUCGUUGAUCGAAAAAGAGGACGGGACGAAACUUGCGGACGUUAUUACCGCCAAAGAGGCGAGACUGUUGAAAAUAUGCGGCGACGUGUCGUUUCACCAAGCGGUUGUUUUCGUGCGACGAUUGGCUUGGGGAGAAGCUUUAGCGAAGCGCUUGACGUCACAAGGAUUGAAAGCGGCGUUCACCGCGGGUACGCUUCCGCAAGAACGUCGAAUGAAAGUCAUGGAAGAGAUGCGAAAUUUCCAGCUUCGCGUCUUAGUUUCGACUGACUUGACGGCGCGCGGGGUCGACUUGACGCACGUCAACCUGGUGAUAAACCUCGAUGUUCCACCAAGUGGUGCUACGUAUAUGCAUAGAAUUGGUAGAACCGGGCGAUUCGGGACGUACGGACUCGCUGUCGCCGUGCUGACCGCCGACGAGCUCGAACAACUUCGA